CUGCAGCCAUCAGAGAGGCUGACCCAGCGCUGACCGAUCGGGGAAGUGAAUCUGUCAGUGUUAGAGUAUCCUGGAUCAGCUGUCAGCUGUCGAUCCUCCUCAACAUCCACUGAUAAAAGACAUCGUUGAAAGGAGCGCCUCCUAUGAGGAUUGAAGUCAUAGUCACAUCAGCAGCAGCGUCGCGUCGUUUCCAGGCAGCAUGAACUCUCUCCCAGGAAGAGCCGCCCUGUCUCUGUGCAGGCGCACGGCAGCGGGCGGGAUGAGGGUCUUCGCCGGUUCCCCAAGUCACCCUGCCGGGGGACUGACGGCCUCUCUCCAGGCUGUGCGGGUCUGCCACUCCGGGACGAACCGCAAGGGAAGCGUGAGCACCAAGAAGAGGGGCUACGACAUCAUCAGAAACCCCAACCUGAACAAGGGCAUGGCAUUCACCCUGGAGGAGCGCUUACAACUGGGCAUCCACGGCCUGCUCCCGCCCUGCUUCCUCUCCCAGGAUGUACAAGUGCUGCGUGUCAUGAAGAGCUAUGAAACACGUGUCAACCCUCUGGACAAGUACAUCCUGCUGAUGACGCUGCAGGACAGGAACGAGAAGUUGUUCUACCGUGUGUUGACCUCCGACAUCGAGGAGUUCAUGCCCAUUGUGUACACUCCCACUGUGGGCCUGGCCUGUCAGCAGUACGGACUGGCCUUCAGGAGACCACGAGGACUCUUCAUCACCAUCCAUGACAGAGGCCACAUCGCCACCAUGCUCAACUCCUGGCCCGAAGAAGACAUAAAGGCCAUUGUGGUGACGGACGGGGAGCGUAUCCUCGGCCUGGGUGACCUGGGAAGCUAUGGUAUGGGCAUCCCUGUGGGGAAGCUGGCACUCUACACAGCCUGCGGUGGCGUUCGGCCACAGCAGUGUCUCCCUGUGCUGCUGGACGUCGGCACCGACAACCAGACACUGCUCAAUGACCCUCUGUACAUUGGACUGAAGCACAAGAGAAUCAGAGGGAAGGAGUACGACGAGCUGAUCGACGAGUUCAUGCAGGCGGUGACGGACAAGUACGGGAUGAACUGUCUGAUACAGUUUGAGGAUUUCGCCAACAGCAACGCCUUUCGCAUCCUCAACAAAUAUAGGAAUCGAUACUGCACCUUUAAUGACGACAUCCAAGGCACAGCCUCAGUAGCUGUUGCCGGCAUCUUAGCUGCUCUGAAGAUCACCAAGAACAAAAUCUCAGAUCACACCUUUGUUUUCCAGGGUGCCGGUGAGGCUGCUCUGGGUAUUGCUCACCUGCUUAUCAUGGCCAUGGCCAAAGAAGGACUUAGUAGAGAAGAAGCUGCCAAGAGAAUCUGGAUGGUGGACUCCAGAGGUCUCAUUGUAAAGGGAAGAAGCCAUCUUAACCACGAGAAGGAGGAGUUUGCUCAUGAUUACCCACAUGUGAAGACCCUGGAGGAGGUGGUGCACACACUUAAACCCACCGCAAUCAUAGGAGUGGCUGCCGUCGCGGGGGCGUUCACUGAGAAGAUUAUCAAAGACAUGGCGUCCUUCAAUGAGAGGCCGAUCAUAUUUGCCCUGAGUAAUCCCACCAGCAAGGCUGAGUGCACAGCGGAGCAGUGCUACAAGCUCACAGAGGGUCGGGGCAUCUUUGCCAGUGGUAGUCCCUUUGACAAGGUGGUGCUGGCUGAUGGACGCACCUUCUUCCCCGGGCAGGGCAACAACGCCUACAUCUUCCCAGGUGUUGCUUUGGGUGUUAUAGCCUGUGGAGUGCGCCACAUAUCUGAUGAUAUCUUCCUCACCACUGCAGAGGCGAUAGCAGACAUGGUGACAGAGGAGAACCUGGCUGAGGGAAGACUCUACCCUCCCCUCAGCACCAUAAGAGAGGUCUCCUUCAAGAUUGCAGUGAAGAUUGUCAACUAUGCAUACAAACACAACAUUGCAUCUCUGUACCCUGAGCCUAAAGACAAGGAGGCGUUUGUGCUGUCUCACAUCUACAGUCCUGAUUACGACUCCUUCACUCUGGACACGUACAGUUGGCCACAGGAGGCCAUGAACGUCCAGGACGUCUGAUCCUGACCGUCGUUCUCUGCACUUGACAUGCUGCCAUGGCGUCACGUUGCCAACUUUUCUCGCCUUUUAGCUUUUUUUGUUUGUUUUCCUCUUUUAUUUGUAUAUUUUAGUCAGUCUCUUCUCCCCUCCCACAUGGACUGUGGUCAUUAUGAUUUAGAUGCCAUACAUUUUCUAUGACCUGUUGAGUGUUGAGACUUUUUUUUCCUCUUUCUGCGCUGUACUACUUAUCAGUUUUAUCAGUGUACGUGGUAUCAAUUCUCUGUACCUGAUGGAAGCUCUGACUGAGCAGAAUAUUUUAUAGAUGCGCGACAGCAUCAUGUCAGAUAUCAGAAGCACGGCUGCUAUAACUUAAAACAUGAACUACACUCCUCAGACGAGAUUUUCCAGCUAAGAUGCUGUACAAGAUCUAAUCUUGAUGCAUUAAAAACAGAGCAGCUGCUCACAGUAACGCACAAUGCUUUCUCUUGUCUUGACACAUGUGAACAGAGGUUUCAUUUUAAAGCUUAACAAAAGAGGGGGAAAAAUGAACAGAAACCCUCAGUGCCUCUUUCUGCGUGGCCAGGACAUCACUGGACAUCCGCAUCAUGAGUGAAACUUCUGUUGUUGUCAGAUGGGUAGAAAAGCAUCAUAUUUCACACUCCUGUCAGUCUGCACACGUUUAAAUCUGCACACAGGACUGAAAAGACCCCAGAGUCAGCCUUCUCUGCUUCCGCUUCAUCUGUGAGAUUAAAUUAUCCGGAGGCAUCUUGUUCAGAGGAGGGAUUGUUGGGUAGAUAGCGUCAGCCCCAUAAGGCUGAUUUUGUAUACAAUGGGUGUGUUGUUUGUGCUUUAGUUUUGUACAGAGCUCUGCCUGUUGUUGUAUUUUUGCCAAAGUUACUGAUGAACUGUAUCUUAACUUUUACUCCUAGAGAACAUGAUGCACUGCAAGCUUUAGUACUGAGAGAUAUGCUUUUCAAAGGGAACAUGCAACUUUUUGAAUAAAAUUGUAAAAAAAAAAAAAUGAAUAAGUAAAAGAGUGAUUUAUACAUUUUGUAAAGA